AUGUGCGUUACCAGAACCUCCCCCAGAUUCUCACGGCUGCAGCUAACAGUAUACAGGGCAAAGCUCGUGGACGACCAUCAGAUCCAUACUGCCUCGCUGCAUAACCCGAUACCUUGGCAAUUGCAUACAUACGUCUGGCCUUUCCUCAUCAUCUGGCCUGUGUUCUUCGCCUUCUACCUUUCCCCCGAGCGUUAUGAUACCUACAUUCAGGGACAGGAAUGGACCUUCGUGUUCGCGGGGUCUAUCGUCACAAUUCAGUCGCUCUUUUGGCUAAUGACCAAGUGGAAUAUUGACAUCAACACACUAUUCACUACCACUCGUGCCAAGUCUGUCGACACUGCCCGGCUUAUCAAAGUAGUUCCCAUCACCAACGCUGGCUCUGCCGAGAUCUGCAACUUGAUUAGAGAUAACACCGGUCCGAAGAAGAGCCUUUCAUUUCUCUUCCAGAAGCGCCGCUUCCUGUAUUAUCCCGAGACUGGCACCUUCGCACCCCUGUCUUACGCCCUUGACGCCGAACCGAAGCCGGCCCUCAAGACUUUCCAGCUGAACGAAGGCUUCACGUCGCAGGCCGAGAUUGACCGCAUCCAAAACCACUAUGGCGAUAACACCUUCGAUAUCCCCGUUCCCGGCUUCAUUGAGCUCUUCCAGGAGCACGCCGUCGCGCCGUUCUUCGUCUUCCAGAUUUUCUGUGUUGGAUUGUGGAUGUUGGAUGAAUACUGGUAUUACUCGCUCUUCACGCUCUUCAUGCUCGUUAUGUUUGAAAGCACCGUUGUGUGGCAGCGCCAGAGAACCUUGAGCGAGUUCCGUGGAAUGAGCAUCAAGCCUUACGAUGUCUGGGUAUACCGUGAACGGAAAUGGCAGGAGAUCACCAGUGAUAAGCUUCUCCCCGGUGACCUCAUGUCGGUGAACCGCACCAAAGAGGACAGCGGCGUUGCCUGCGAUAUUCUUCUGGUUGAAGGCAGUGUCAUUGUGAACGAGGCUAUGCUUUCUGGCGAGAGCACGCCUCUGCUGAAAGACUCUGUCCAGCUCCGCCCCGGAGAUGACUUGAUUGAACCGGAUGGAUUGGAUAAGCUCUCGUUUGUGCAUGGAGGUACCAAGGUCCUCCAGGUUACUCACCCUAAUCUAAAUGGCGACGCGGGCUUGAAGAACUUGGCUAGCAACGUUAGCAUGCCUCCAGACAAUGGUGCCUUGGGUGUCGUUGUUAAGACCGGUUUCGAGACCAGCCAGGGUAGCCUCGUUCGGACCAUGAUUUACUCCACUGAACGUGUCUCUGCCAACAACGUUGAAGCUCUUUUGUUCAUUCUCUUCCUCCUGAUUUUUGCCAUUGCCGCUUCGUGGUACGUGUGGCAAGAGGGUGUGAUCCGGGACCGCAAACGCUCCAAGCUUCUGCUCGACUGUGUCCUCAUUAUCACCAGUGUUGUUCCUCCCGAAUUGCCUAUGGAACUGAGCUUGGCUGUUAACACUAGUCUUGCUGCUUUGAGCAAGUAUGCCAUUUUCUGCACUGAGCCUUUCCGUAUCCCCUUUGCUGGUCGGGUUGACAUCGCUUGCUUCGACAAGACUGGUACCCUCACUGGAGAGGACCUUGUCGUUGAUGGUAUUGCUGGACUCACUUUAGGCGAGGCUGGUUCGAAGGUCGAAGCCGAUGGUGCUCACACCGAAUUGGCCAAGCCCUCUGAUGCUGGACCCAACACCACUCUCGUUCUCGCUAGUGCUCACGCCUUGGUCAAACUGGAUGAGGGUGAGGUCGUUGGUGACCCUAUGGAAAAGGCUACUUUGGAAUGGCUUGGUUGGACUCUGGGUAAGAACGAUAUUCUAUCUUCCAAGGGCAACGCUCCUGUUGUCUCCGGUCGGAACGUCGAGUCUGUUCAAAUCAAGAGAAGAUUCCAAUUCUCCUCGGCACUGAAGCGCCAGAGUACCAUCGCGACCGUUACGACCAAUGACCGCAAGGCUUCCAAGAAGGUUAAGUCUACCUUUGUGGGUGUCAAGGGUGCCCCCGAGACCAUCAAUACUAUGCUGGUCAACACACCCCCCAACUACGAAGAGACCUACAAGCACUUCACCCGCAACGGUGCUCGUGUGCUUGCCCUUGCCUACAAGUACCUUUCAUCUGAAACAGAGCUGUCCCAGAGCCGCGUCAACAACUACGUCCGCGAAGAGAUUGAAUCUGAACUGAUCUUUGCCGGUUUCCUUGUCCUGCAGUGCCCCCUGAAGGAUGAUGCCAUCAAGUCUGUCCGUAUGCUGAAUGAAAGCAGCCACCGUGUUGUCAUGAUUACUGGUGAUAACCCGUUGACCGCUGUCCAUGUUGCACGCCAAGUUGAGAUUGUUGACCGUGAGGUUCUUAUCCUUGAUGCUCCGGAACAUGACCUCUCUGGAACCAAGAUUGUCUGGCGUACUAUCGACGAUAAGCUCAAUUUGGAAGUCGACCCCACUAAGCCUCUCGACCCGGAGAUCUUGAAAACUAAGGACAUCUGUAUCACCGGAUUUGCCCUGGCAAAGUUCAAGGGCCAGAAGGCUCUCCCUGAUCUGCUCCGUCACACCUGGGUUUAUGCUCGUGUGUCUCCCAAGCAGAAGGAAGAAAUUCUUCUUGGUCUUAAGGAUGCUGGAUAUACCACUCUGAUGUGCGGUGAUGGCACCAACGAUGUUGGCGCUCUGAAGCAGGCCCACGUCGGUGUCGCCCUUCUGAACGGCUCGCAAGAGGAUCUCACCAAGAUCGCUGAACACUAUCGGAACACCAAGAUGAAGGAGCUGUACGAGAAGCAGGUCGGCAUGAUGCAAAGAUUCAACCAGCCCGCCCCUCCAGUCCCUGUUCUCAUCGCUCACCUGUAUCCCCCCGGUCCUUCCAACCCACACUACGAGAAAGCCAUGGAGCGGGAGUCGCAGCGCAAGGGUACCGCGAUUACCGCUACCGGCGCAACCCCCGAAGCUAUCCCAACUAUCACGUCUCCUGGCGCACAGGCCCUGCAGCAAUCGAACUUGACUCCCCAGCAACAGAAAAAGCAGCAGGCCCAGGCUGCCGCAGCUGGCCUCGCAGACAGGCUUACGUCUUCUAUGAUGGAACAGGAGCUGGAUGACAGCGAGCCUCCCACUAUCAAGUUGGGUGAUGCAUCAGUCGCUGCCCCCUUCACCAGCAAGUUGGCCAAUGUUAUUGCUAUCCCAAAUAUUCUUCGUCAAGGUCGUUGCACCCUGGUUGCGACUAUUCAGAUGUACAAGAUUCUUGCCUUGAACUGCUUGAUCAGUGCCUACAGUCUGAGUGUCAUCUACCUGGAUGGUAUCAAAUUCGGUGAUGGACAGGUCACCAUCAGCGGUAUGCUGAUGAGUGUUUGCUUCCUCUCUAUUUCCCGCGCCAAGUCUGUCGAGGGUCUGUCUAAGGAGCGCCCGCAGCCCAAUAUCUUCAACGUCUACAUCAUUGGAUCUGUUCUUGGACAGUUUGCCAUCCACAUUGCGACUCUUGUGUACCUCUCCAACUAUGUCUAUAAGCACGAGCCGAGAGCUUCCGAUAUUGAUCUCGAGGGCGAGUUUGAGCCUUCCCUCCUGAACAGUGCCAUCUACCUCCUCCAGCUGAUUCAACAAAUCUCCACUUUCUCGAUCAACUACCAAGGUCGUCCCUUCCGCGAGUCAAUUCGUGAAAACAAGGGCAUGUACUGGGGUCUCAUCGCCGCGUCGGGUGUUGCAUUCUCCUGUGCCACUGAAUUCAUUCCCGAGCUGAAUGAGAAGCUGCGCCUCGUUCCCUUCACGAGUGAGUUCAAGAUGACUCUGACCGUGCUGAUGAUCUUCGACUACGGUGGCUGCUGGUUGAUUGAGAAUGUUCUCAAGCACCUGUUCAGUGACUUCCGUCCUAAAGACAUUGCUAUUCGUCGCCCCGAUCAGCUGAAGCGCGAGGCGGAGCGUAAGUUGCAAGAGCAAGUUGAUGCUGAGGCUCAGAAGGAGCUGCAAAGAAAGGUUUAG